AACAUCAGUUCACAACGUGCGUUCGACCGUUUCGUUUGAUUUUUCUGGCGUCUUUUGUAAUUUCGUUAUCGUCUUCACGUUUAGACACUUAUAACGGUUUUUUUUUUUCAAAAUUUAUACUCGUACCGCUGGCCAUCGAUACGGUAUUGAUAUCGCCGACGGUUUGUUUGUCUUAACUCAUAGACCAGCCACUGGAUGCUUUCAAAUUAUUCAUAUACGUGAACGCUGCACGUGUCCGGAGACCGGAACCCUCACAGCCCACACGGGCUACGAGUUGUGUUAUUUUCAAAAGAUAUUCUUUCCACCCUGCAGUGUGAUUCGGAAUUUUAUUGAACGCUGUCUUUACGUAAUGGUGCGUUACGGUAACAUGACUGAAAAUAUUAUUUUACAAUAGAGAUCAAAGUCUUGAAAUACAGAACACACAAUAUGAUGACAAUUGGAAUUUUAACGAUCAUUGUUUUUGGCGUGUCCGUCAUCGUCACGGAUGGGACGAAAUGCGUCAAAUCGAAAGACGCGAAAGGGUGGUACGUCAACUGUGCCUAUCAAGAACUUACAUCAGUACCCAACGACGAAUUGGAAGACGUCGAGACGUUUAACCUGGAGCACAACUACAUCGGCAAGUUGCUCAACAACAGUUUCGCCCCGUACCCGAACAUCAAGCAUCUGAGACUGGCGUUCAACCAGGUGCACACCAUCGAUCCCGUGGCGCUGGCGUCGCUCAGCGAGCUGGACUAUCUGGACCUGACGCAAAACGCCGUCAAGGCGGUGCCGGCCGGACUGCCCAAAUCGCUGACCCACCUUAACCUGAACGCGAACCCGGUGGAGGACGUGCGGCAGCUGGUGUCCGCCGUCGGACUGCGAACGCUGCAGCUCAGGGGCUGCGACCUGAAAGCGUACCCGGCGCUGGGCAUCAUGCCCAACCUGGUCACCCUGGACGUGUCCGAGAACGGCGAGAUCGCCGACCUGGACCCGGCCCAGCUGGCGGUCACGUGCCGCCUGGCCCGGCUCAACGUGACGGGCGCCACCAGGCUGUUCCGGCCCGGCCAGCAGGGCGCCCACUGCCGGUGCCGGCGCGUCGUCCAGUGGACCGAAACGCACAAGGUGGCCGUGUACGGUCUGGGCCACCCGGUCCAGUGCCCGGAACCGGUGGACGGGGACGGCGAGGCCGACGAGCGCGACGACCCGAACAGCGACGCGUGCGCCCGGACCCCGGAACAGGCGCUGGCCGUGUUCAAGGAGUGCAUGGCCGAGUGGGAACACCGCAACACGCCGUACUGGGCCAUCGGCUCGGGCCUGGCCAUCGCCGUGGCCCUGAUGGUCGCGCUGUGCGUGUGCUUGCGCCGCCGCCGGAGGAGACGCCGCCGCGGCACCGGCGCCGACAACGUGAAGGGCGGCCCCCAAUCGCCGCCGUCGUCCGACGUCAAGGCGGCCAACAUCGACUCGGCCGGCAACAACAAGACCGAACCGGCCGCGCUCCUGUCGUCGGCCGCGUGAAAUCGCCGUCGUCGUGGUCGUCUCCGUCCGAUUUCUGCGCGUUUUAAAUUUUUUAUUUCCUUUUCCUCCCCCCCCCUUUUUUUAACAAAUUCACCAGCAUCGCAACGGCUACCGUAUGAGAUAAUACGUCGGACGCGUUGUACGUAAAAAAAUGUCGUCAGCGCGUGUCGUAAUGUAAGCGUUCGUGUAUAAGUAACGAACGUCGCGAUUUAUGUAUACAUAAAUGUUGAAAUUUUAUUAUUUUUUUUUCUCGUUUUGAUUUAUAUGUGUUUCGUAGUAAUUAUCACGUCUCUUACGUUUCGAACGAUCGAAAGGGUAUAUCGCGUAUGAGAUAUGAUAUUAUAUAGGUAUGAUAUACGAUUAAUAAUAUUAUGUUAAUAUACAUACGUAAACAAGCGCGCGCGUAAGUGUGUGUAAGGAUAUCAACACUCCGCACGAUGUGACGUUGUGUGCACGACGCAUAUGUUAUGUAUUGCCCAUUUUUAAUAAUAAUAAUCAGCGUAAUUGAAAAAACUAUUAAUGAUCUCUGAGAUUUUUCACAUUCAGAUAUACAGCCGCGGGUAGCACCUCACAAGUCCCAUCGCGACGACCGUGUAAUUUUUUUUCUCUAAACGUUUUCUUAUAUUUUAAUAUUAUGUGUAGUAUAGCUGGUAGGUACGCGCGACGUGUGCACCACAUCAUAGGUGUAUAGCUGCUAUGUAGUAGGAUUAGGACGGCAUAGGUAUAUACCAAGUAUACCGCGGUAUACUCGUAUAUUAUGAUGUAUACAAUGUAAUUUUUCGCGACGGUUAGCGUUAUUCCGUAACGGAAAAUGUGGUGGUUCUUGCUUAAGCCUCGAAGAGUAUAUAAAUAUACAGAUAUUUUCCUCCCCAUUUAUACAUUUAUACACACACAUACAUAUAUAAAGAGAGAGCGAGAGAGUGUUCCAUAGAACCAUUUCGGUGCGAUCGAAUUUUCCGACCGACAAUACACGAGGACUAUUCGCGACGUUUCCGCUCCACCUGUAUUAUGAUAACCGCACGAUAUAUACCCAUCAUUUACUAUUAAACUGUAAAUUUACUAUCAAUCAUUAAUUAGUAAUUAGUAUAUUAUAUAUAUAUAAAAGUUAGUCACUAGACAUAAUAUUAUCUGUUUUUUUUUUCAAUUCAUAAUAAUAAUUACUGUGUAUAAUAAUGAUACAAUUUUUAGCUUUACAAUAAUAAUAAAUUAUAUUAUAAUGAGUUCAUGAUUCGUGCAUAAAAACAACAAAUAAAUAUUUUAAAAAAUUCAGUAUUUAUUAGUUUGGGUUAAGAAGACACAUGAUAUUAUUAUUAUAUUGUUUUUAAUGUGUAUAUUUUAUUGUUUUGAUUUUAUUCCACGUGAACAAAGCAUAAUGGUAUUUAUUUUUUAUUUUUUGUUAUGUGUUUUAUAAUAAUUAAAUUUUGAUGCUUUAUUAUUAAAUAACAUUAUAUUUUUUCAUGCGACAUACCUUUAAACCCGGAUUUCCAUGAUUUAUAUUUUGUCAGUUUCCGCGUAAACGCUAUAAGUGUAAUACACCCGAAAAGUAAAACAAUACGUUCCUUAGUUUCGGCUGUAUAGGAUUACGAAGACCUACCUAGUUAGUAGGUACCUCCUGUAGAUAAAGUGGUAAGCCUAUUGCAGGUUGUGCACACACACCGUUGCCCUGUAUAUUUAGUGUAGUAAUAACACUAUUUUUCUUUAAUAAUAUUUUCGAUGGACUUUAACCCGUGAUUGCAUAAUAUAUGUUAUUACAUUGUUUAAAUCUGUUAGAAGUGUACAUUAGAGAAAUAGGUUAUCAUUAAGUAGUUGCCUCAUUAAAUCCAAAACCAUAAAUAAAUUGUUCGUGCAGUACCUAUAUAAUUGAAAACACAUGUGGCAUAUAACACACUAGCCUGCUGUAAAAGAUUUGUAGGUAUAAUUCCCUUGUAAUUAACUGCUGAUAUCAAGUUGUUAACUUUUUCUCUAAUGCUUUCUUAUUCAUUGUCCAUUUUAAUUUAAUAUAGUCUUGUACGAUAUUUAAUUAUUUUAAUAAAGUAUAUUAGAAUAAUCAUAUUUUUACUAUUUCAGUUUUAAAAUAG